AUGGAAGUAAGAACAAUACGGUCUGUCGUUCGACCGAAUUUAAGAUACGUUUCUUCUGACACCAAAUCUGGAUCUUCCACUGAUAAAGCAACAUUUAAUGAACCAACUUCGUCUUUUGAACAUGUGACUCGUGAAAGCAAUAUCCAUAAAUCUCCUAAUUGGGAUCAGAAUGUCAACUUCACUCUAAAGGAGUGUAUUUUAUAUGAUAUUAAUAGACAUAGAAAUGAUUACUUCAACCAUAAAAUCUCUCAAUUGGAAAACAAGUUCUAUUCUACUGCAAUUCAGUCAGCGAAACGUGCAAUGCAGUCAGAGAAUAAGUUACUUCUUAUUAUUGGCAGCAUCUUAUCAAUUAUUUCUAGUGUUGUCGCUAGUAAUUAUAUUAACAAACACAAACAAGAUAGUGUCAAGAUGGUCAGGAAGAAAUAA